AUGAAGCAUGCCCCGCGCCGUCGUACCCGUUCAAAAGCGGACACGCAAUCAGCAUCUUCCUCACAGCCAAGAGGAGCCACUACGCUACCCCUCAAGGACACAUCGAACAUCAGCGAGAAGCCGCAGAUCCCAAAGGAGAACCAGCGACCGCUUCAGUGCCUGGAAACUCUUGCCCAGAAGGCGGGCAUCAGCUUUGACGAUUCCCAGGACUUGUCCCAGCAGCAGCAGACAGCCCCAAUCACAAAAAAGAGGAAGGGAAACGGAAACGAAAACGGAGAAGGAGGAGGAGCCGGGACACCCCACACUACACGUCGGACCCGCACUCCUAACAGCACCCCACAGCACUCAGCGGGACACAGCGGCAGCACCCAUAUCAUGGAGAAGUCACAGAGCCCCGCCCAACAGGUGGCGUCCGCCACAUCGGUGCCCCUGCAGAUCUCACCGGAGCAGCUGCAGCAAUUCUACGCCAGCAAUCCGUAUGCCAUCCAGGUGAAGCAGGAGUUCCCCACGCACACGGCGGGCACCACCACCACGGAACUGAAGCAUGCGACGGGUUUGCUGGACGCCAGCCAGGCAAGCCAGUUGCAGCUCCAACAGCUCCAGCAGCUGACGGCGGCGGCAGCCGAUGCAGCCGGAGGAAACGGUUCUGCGGGUGGUGGGGCAGGGAGCCAGGGCGGAGGCGCACCCAGUCCGGCGAACCAGCAGGGACAGCAACAGCACUCGACGGCCAUUAGUACGAUGUCGCCGAUGCAGCUGGCGGCAGCCUCCGGCGGAGUGACUGGUGACUGGUCACAGGGUCGGACGGUGCAGCUGAUGCAGCCUUCGACGGGGUUUAUCUACCCGCCAAUGAUGAUCUCCGGCAACCUGCUGCACUCCGCGGGCAUUGGCCAGCAGCCCAUACAAGUGAUCACCGCCGGGAAGCCGUUCCAGGGUAACACCCCCCAGAUGAUCACCACUACCACACAGAACGCCAAGCAGAUGAUCGGGGGGCAGGGCGGGUUCGCAGGGGGCACCUACGCCAUCCCCUCCAGCCAGUCCCCGCAGACGUUGCUCAUCUCACCCGUCAACGUCAUCUCCCACUCGCCGCAGCAGCAGCAGAGCAUUCUUCAGUCGAUGGUCGCCCAGCAACAGCAGCAGCAGCAGCAGCAGCAGCAACAGCAACAGCUCAACGCUCAGCAGCAGCAGCAGCUGACAGCGGCUCAGCAGGCGGUGGCCAUGGCCAAGGCGGGUGUGGGAGUGGGAGCUGAUGCCCAGGGCAAGAUGCAGGCACAGAAGGUGGUCCAGAAGGUGACGACCACCACCAACACGGUGCAGGCAGCCUCGGCAGGAGCUGGCGGGGCACAGGCGCAGCAGCAACAGCAACAACAGACCACCACCCAACAGUGUGUCCAGGUCUCGCAGUCGACAUUGCCCGGCGUAGGAGUGGGUGUGGGCGUGGGCGGGCAGCUGCUGAAUCCGCUGGGCGGGACUGGCGCGGGCCAGGGGCAGCAGAUGCUGGGUUCCUGGUUCUGGCAGAACAGCCUGCCGCCCUUCGGCUCGAACUCCAUUAUACUGCGGGGCCCGCCGGACGGCACUCAGGGCAUGUUUAUCCAGCAGCAGCCAACCACGCAGACACUCCAGACGCAGCAGAACCAGAUCAUCCAGUGCAAUGUAACCCAGACACCGACCAAGCCUCGCACCCAACUGGAAGCUCUGGCCACCAAGCAACAGCAGCAACAGCAGCAACAGGCGCAGCAGCAGCAGCAACAACAGCAACAGCUAGCGGUAGCCACAGCUCAAUUGCAGCAGCAGCAGCAGCAGCUGACGGCCCUUCAGCGGCCUGGAGCGCCGAUUAUGCCCCACAACGGAACCCAGGUGCGCCCGGCUAGCUCCGUGUCCACGCAGACGGCGCAAAACCAGAACCUGCUCAAGGCCAAGAUGCGCAACAAGCAGCAGCCUGUCCGUCCGGCGUUGCCGGCCCUCAAGACGGAGAACGGGCAGGUGGUGGCGGUUGGUGCGGUGCAGAGCAAGUCAGUGGGGCAACACAUGGCUGCCAUCCAGCAGCAGCACCAGCAGCACCAACAGCAGGCGAACCUCCACCAGGUGGUCACCACAGCGGGAAAUAAGAUGGUCGUCAUGAGCACGGGCACGCCCAUAACCCUGCAAAAUGGUCAGACCCUGCAUGCAGCAACAGCGGCCGGAGUGGACAAGCAGCAACAACAGCAACAGCAGCUGCAGCUUAUGCACAAGCAGCAGUUCCUACAGCAGCAAAUGUUCCAACAGCAGAUAGCCGCCAUCCAGAUCCAACAGCAGGCAGCAGCCCAACAGCAGCAGCAACAGCAACAAGUCGCCCAGCAGCAGCAACAACAACAGCAGCAGCAGGAUCAGCGGCAACAGGUGGCACAGGCUCAGGCCCAAGCUCAGGUUCAGGCUCAGCAACAGCAGCAGCAGCAGCAGGCAUUGGCGCAGCAGAUACUGCAGGUGGCGCCAAACACCUUCAUCACCUCCCACCAACAGCAGCAGCAGCAGCUCCACAACCAACUGCUGCAGCAGCAGCUCCAGCAGCAGGCGCAGGCCCAAGUGCAAGCUCAGGUUCAAGCUCAGGCACAGGCACAGGCCCAGCAGCAACAGCAACAGCAGCAACAACAGCGGGAGCAGCAGCAGAACAUAAUCCAACAAAUUGUGGUACAGCAGGCGGCUGGGGCGGGUCAACAGCAGCAGCCACAGCAACAGCAACAGCAGCAGCAGCAGCAGCAGCAGCAGCAGCCAGGACAAUUGCAGCUGAGCAGCGUCCCCUUCUCGGUGUCCUCGACCACGACGCCCGCAGGAAUAGCCACCUCGAGUGCCCUCCAGGCCGCUCUCUCCGCCUCCACCUCCGGCGCUAUCUUCCAGACGGCCAAGUCGACCAGCAGCAGCUCCUCCCUGCCCACCAGCAGCGUGGUGACUAUAACAAACCACACAACGGGUCCCCUGGUCACCAGCAGCACAAUGUCAGCCAGCCUCCACCAAGCCCAGCUGCAGCAGCAGCAGCAGCAACAUCAGUUAAUCUCCGCCAGCAUUGCAGUAGCCACACAGCAACAGCAGCAGCAGGGACCACCCGCUCUGGCGGCUGCAUCGUCCUCACCCGCCACGAACCCCAUCAUGGCUAUGACGUCCAUGAUGAACGCCACGGUUGGGCCUGUCACCAGCAGUGCAGUGACACCAUCUCCUGCAACACUGGUCGCGUUCAGCGCUGCCAGUGGAGCCAGUCAUCCGGCGACACCCACCAAGGAGGCGACGCUGAAGAUGCCCACCCCCUCCGCCACCCUGGUGCCCAUUGGGUCCCCUCUAAACAACAGUGCCGGUGGCCAGGAUCACCACGCAUCCUCCGUCAACACCACCCCCAGGUCCGUUGGAAGCGCCAGUGCCUCCGCGGAGGCCAGUAGCUCAACCAGUGACUCGAGGGUAAAUGGAGAGGCCCCGGAGGCGUCUCACAGCAACAGCACGACCCCCACCACGCCUACGAGGCCCACCAUCAGCACGCCCACUACAAGGCAGAGCAAUGUGGUGCUGCCCACGAGUAGCUGCAGCACCACUAGCUCCUCCACCCCCACGCACAGUGGGAAGGAUGAGGGCAAGGGCGGAGCGAGCACAGCCACCAGCACCACCAGCGCACCUUCAACGCCGACAACGACGAUAGUAGGGAACGGGAUUGGGAUAGCCACCCUGGCCAGGGCAGCGAGUACCACUGCGACCACUACCACCACCACGAGCACCAGCAGCAGCACGACUACACCUACAACCACAACGAGCAUCAGCAAUGGGAACAGCAACGCGGCGGGGAAAGAUCUGCCGAAAGCCAUGAUUAAGCCUAAUGUGCUCACUCAUGUCAUCGACGGAUUCAUCAUCCAAGAGGCCAACGAGCCCUUUCCUGUAACGAGGCAGCGCUACGCAGACAAGGACACCAGCGACGAGCCGCCAAAGAAAAAGACUGCCAUGCAGGAGGACGCGAAGCUGUGCGGAAUAGCCACUGCAACGCCAACCACAACCAAAACCCAAACAGCAGCUGCUAAUGCAGCGGGUCUACCCACGGACAUGGUGGCCUGCGAGCAGUGUGGCAAGCUGGAGCACAAGGCGAAGCUCAAACGGAAGCGCUUCUGCUCCCCAGGAUGCGCUAGGCAGGCGAAGACUUGCGUUGCAGGCAUUGGAGCUGCAGCUGCAGCUGGAGGCGGACUGGGAGAGAACAAUGGAAUGGGAAUGGAUAUGGAAAUGGGAGGAAUUGUGGGAGUGGAUGCCAUGGCUCUGGUGGACAAACUGGACGAGGCUAUGGCCGAGGAGAAGAUGCAGAUGCAGACGGACGCCUUGCAGGCGCUGCAGCCCGAUCCGAUUCCGAUGUCGACCACCACGGAGGUGCCACUGGUAUCUCUUCCUGUCCUGCCGGUCAUGGCAGCCACCCCCGUUCCAGUUCCUCCCUUAGUUGCAGUCGCACUCGCAGUCCCCACUCCUGUGGCCCUACCUGCGGCUCCGUCUCCAGCUCCCACCCCACCUGCGGCAGCAGUGGCGCCCCAGCCACCUGUACCAACACCAACAUCCUCCUCGACCGCAGGCGAGCGUUCGCCCAUUUGCAACUGGAGCGUGGAGGAGGUCGCUGACUUCAUACGGAACCUGCCCGGCUGCCAAGACUAUGUGGAUGACUUUGUCCAGCAGGAGAUCGACGGUCAGGCGCUGCUGCUGCUAAAGGAGAAUCACCUGGUGAAUGCCAUGGGGAUGAAGCUGGGUCCCGCCCUCAAGAUUGUGGCCAAGGUGGAGUCCAUGAAGGAGGUGGUGCCAGCGCCGGGCUCUGGCGAAGUCAAGGAGGCGACGGCAGCGGGAGGAGCUCAAUAAUAUCAGCAUCGGCCUGAUGCUCCAGCCUAUGCCGAUGACGAGGGGAUUCCCAUGCCCUCCUACUCGACAUCCCCGCCACCAUUUUCGCUUCUCCAUCUCCGGCUGACGUACGGAUCGUGGCAUUAGAGGGAUUUGUUACAGUGAACUGGGAUACGAUACGAUCACCGGUGGAUGUAGCAGUGGAGGAGAAGGUGGAGCAGCAGCCAAACACACGGUCCAACAAUUUCCUCCGCCAAUAUCAGCAAAAAAAUUCUGCAGGGCUGUCGACCCCUGUAUAUUAUAGAGCAUAGACUUCGAACCAGGACAGCAACGUCUCUUAUCAUUUGUACAGAUUUCCAGAGAUCUAAAUAUUAGGCUAUAUUGACUUCAAAUCGUACUAUUAUAUAUCAAGAGUACAUAGUUAGUUAUCCGCAGAUUAAACUUCUAGACUUACGUUUAUUUAUUUGAAAAUUGUUAAUCAUUCAACACCGACACAGCAUAGGCGAUCGAUCACCUGAACUAAAAUUAAUUGCAUGCGGAUAUGCAUAGGAUGUAACUAUUUAAACAUAGAAUUAAGCUAGCAAUUAAGGCAUCUUUUUUGCAAAACUGAGUUGGACAUUAAAUAUGUUUAAAUGCUUAAAUUUCAAAUAAUUGACUCGCUUGGUGCAUAAGUAUUUCCACUCUUCAAAACUCAUCCAAUUUCUGUACAGCUUUUAGUACUAGUGUUUAAAAAAUUUAACA